AUGUCGCGCGGUGGUAGAGGUGGUGGCCGCGGCGGGCGCGGGGGUCGCCAGGGCCCCCAGCUAUCGUGGGACAACGGCGAACACGCACCCGACACACGACCCUCAGAGCUCUUCCCCGCCUACGCAAUCCCCACAGCGAAACCCGUCACAGACCACGAACAAGCAAACGUAAACGCCUUCCUCCUCUUCCGCCGCCAAUUCCAAGACGGACCCCUCUACACCCGCAAGCGCACCUGGGGCAUGGACCCGACAAACACUCGCAAGCUCUACGGCCAAGAACAAGUCAACGCCAAAUACGGCGUGCGCACCCGCGCCACGGCGGACCCGUUUAACGCCGUGCCGACCUACUCGCAGAAAUUCACCCGUUCCGAGCGCGCACUCCCGGAUUUCGGCGGACGGCCGUUUUGUAAAGAGUUCUUCCCGCUGGAGCUGCAUGAGACGCUCGACGGGGACGACGUCGCGCCGGGGGAGAAGAGGAGGGGCGGGGAGGCGAAGAGGUUGCGGUUGAGUCGGAUUACGGCGCUGCCUACGGCUGAAGAGAUGUUUCAUGUGAAUGCGGAGGGGGAUGACGACGGGGAGAUCGGGCCGGAUGGGGCGAAGAAGAAGUUGGAGGCGCUGGAGAGGAUGGGCGAGGCUGAGGGAGAGGGUGGGGAGGAGGAGUGGGAGGAGGGCGGGGAGGAGGAGCAGGAUGUUGAGUAUGAUGACUCUGAUGCGGGUGAUUACGACGCGGAGAAUUACUUUGACGACGGCGAGUUUGGCGAGGAUGAUGGCGGCGGGGAUGAUGAGCAUGGUGGUCGGGAGGGCUCGUACUGA